AUGGCGGCCUCUACCAUGUCACACUCCUCCCCGGUCCUUGCCAGCAAGGCGGCGAAGAAGGUCCGGCCCAGCGUGUUCGGCGAGGGCCGCAUCACUAUGCGCAAGACGGCCGCCAAGCCGCCUAAGCCCGCCGCCGCGUCCGGCAGCCCGUGGUACGGCCCGGACCGCGUCCUCUACCUCGGGCCAUUGUCUGGUGAACCUCCGUCCUACCUCACCGGCGAGUUCCCGGGAGACUACGGCUGGGAUACCGCUGGGCUGUCGGCGGACCCCGAGACGUUCGCCAAGAACAGGGAGCUGGAGGUGAUCCACUGCCGGUGGGCCAUGCUCGGCGCGCUUGGCUGCGUCUUCCCGGAGCUGCUUUCCCGCAACGGCGUCAAGUUCGGCGAGGCCGUCUGGUUCAAGGCCGGCGCCCAGAUCUUCAGCGAGGGGGGCCUCGACUACCUAGGGAACCCCAGUCUCGUGCACGCACAGAGCAUCCUUGCCAUUUGGGCAUGCCAGGUCGUCUUGAUGGGGGCCGUGGAGGGGUACAGAGUGGCCAGUGGGCCGCUCGGCGAGGUGGUCGACCCGUUGUACCCUGGUGGAAACUUCGACCCGCUGGGGCUCGCCGACGACCCGGAGAAGUUCGCGGAGCUGAAGGUGAAGGAGAUCAAGAACGGCCGCCUCGCCAUGUUUUCCAUGUUCGGAUUCUUUGUCCAGGCAAUCGUCACCGGCAAGGGGCCACUUGAGAACCUCGCCGACCAUAUCGCUGACCCCGUCAGCAACAACGCCUGGGCGUACGCCACCAACUUCGUCCCCGGCAACUGA